AUGCCCGCCUCGUACAGCUCGCUGCCAGAAGAGGUCAUCAGCCACAUCGCCGACAUGGUGCACGCGCAAGACGGCGCGUUCGACCAGCUCGCCCUCAAGCGCGGCACGACCUCACUGCAAGCCUCGAGCAUCGGCAAGAAGCGCGCGAUCGAGGACGAGGACGCCACGAACCCGCUCGAGGGGCGCUGGUCGCCCGUGUACGGGCGCGGCAUCCGCGCGCUCGUCCAGCUCGACCGCCGCACUCGCUCGCACGCCCUCAAGCACCUCUACAAGACUAUCACCGCCAAGCAGGCCGCCUCCGACUUUUGCCGGUACGCCGUCCUCGGCGAGCAAGUCGGCAGCCUCGUCCGCGAGGUCGACCUCGACCUCGACCCGUCCCACGACACCGACCCGUUCUCGCUCGCGUGUGCCCUGCGCAAACUCAAGAACCUGUCGAGCAUCAUCGUCGACGGCGCCGCCCUCGAGCUCGCCUUCCCGCACGUCUUUCCGCCAGAGCGCGAGCCGGACGAGGCCGACAAGCUCCUCGGCCUCGGCAUCCUCGACGCGCUCGGGCGCGUCAAGUCGCUGACCGCCCUCUCGGUCGACGACAAGGUCCUGGCGUGCGCCCUGAGCGGCACGCGUUCGGCUACCCUGUCCCGCCUGUCGAUCGACAACUCGUCGUCGCUCGUGCCCCUCGACGACCAGCUCGUCGCAGCCCUGAACGGCCUGCAGUCGCUCGUCGAGCUCAACGUGGGCGACAUGUCGUCACCCUUGUGGCUGAGCAUGGAACAGCGCGUCCGACUCGAGCACGUCAAGAAACUCACGGUCGGUCGUGCCGGCGUCGAGGCGUACUACCACGAGGUCCUGCUUCUCGCGCACCACAUCACGCCGCAAGCACGCACCCUCUGCAUCGUGUUCACCCUGUCCGAGUCGGCGUUAGAUCUGGCCCUACCAGAGCCUCUCCUCCCGACGCUUCGCGUCCUCGACAUCCAGCACGCCCAGGACGAGUUCGCCGCCUGCCACGAGAGCCGCCUUUCCGCACUCGAACACCUCCACAUCGCCUUCGAUUGCCCCGUCUCGGUCUUCCCGUACAAAGUCGACUACCUCCCGCCCGCGCCGACCGCUCUGCGCAGGAUCACCCUCUCGUACCCCUCCCUCAAGCGCCUCACUCCGCCCGCCGCGCUCCUCGCCUGCUGCACCUUCCUCAACAUACACCUCUCGGUCCAUCGCCGCCUCGCCUCGCCUGAGGCGUUCACGGCCAGUCGCGUCGUGACGGUCGGCGCCGGCGAGCAGGCCGCCAACGUCGUCGCGCCGAGCCGGUCGCAGGCCCUCGCGCUCGAGGAGACGCUCACGUGGGCGCGCAACCGCGCGAGGUGGCUGCGCGAGACGGGCGACGGGCCGGGCCUGCAGGAGCUCGCCGUCGCGGCCGUGCGGCUCCGCGAGCGGCACCUCUUGCACGAGUCGUGA